CGGUGAUUUAGAAGAAAGGUGUGUUUGUUGACGGAGGGGAUUAUCCCCAGCAAAGUCCAGGUGAACUCUCUGUUCGCAUGGACUUAUAAUACAUGUUUAUCAAGUUUAUGCACAUAUAUACUAGUGCCAUUGAGAGGUUAUUAGGUCACUGUGUGAAAAACAAACGUGUAGUCGAUAUAUGGAUCGUUUAAAAAUAACGUAGGGUCGAAUGGAAUGUGACUUUAUAUCGGUCUCCCGAAAAUAGAACGACAUGGCUCUAUUUAAGAUGAACCCGGCAAAAAAGAAGUCGUACUUAAAUGUUUAUAUUGAGUCGAUCUUUAGUUAGUAGUUUACCUUCACCGCGAUGAGCGAGCACGUGUUGGAUUUUGACAGAAUGUUAUACAAUGUGUAUGUGCAGGCGCUGCUUGUCAGUGUUGUACUAUACUGGUUUUUACCGUGGCUCAUCAAGUCUUUGUGGUAUAUUUACAUCACGUAUGGCUGUGAUUCAGAAGGCACCACUAAGCCUUUACCCCCGGGCACAUUGGGAUAUCCAAUUAUUGGGGAAACAGUCGAAUUUGUACGGAAGAAUGCAGACUUCUACACAGAGAGGCGCAAGAAGUAUGGCGAUGUGUACAUGACACACACAUUAGGGAGGCCCACCAUAAGGGUAUCCGGCGCACAGAACCUGCGCGUGAUUCUGACAGGGGAGAAUACCCUGGUUAGCACGAACUGGCCGUCGUCGGUGAAAAAGGUGCUCGGCGAGGGAUCGCUAGCAAUGGCGGAAGGCAACACGCAUGCGUUCAGAAAGAAACUUAUCAUCAAAGCUUUCACCCAUGAAGCUAUGGAGAAUUACAUACCGUCCAUACUGGACAUUACACGUACCUAUAUUGAUAAAUGGCUGUCGACGAAAGAGAUAUCUGGCUACAAUGAGUGCAAAGAACUGGCGUUUGCUCUAGCGGGAAAAAUAUUAAUGGGGUCGGACUUUGAUCAGGAAUAUGUCUCCUUUCUCUCCACUACGUUUGAAACAAUGAUACAUAAUAUGUUCUCGCUUCCCCUGUUAAUUCCAGGGCUGGGCCUGUGGAAAGCAAUGAAAGCAAGAGAAACCAUACACGCGGAGAUAUCAAAGUGUAUCGACAAGAUAAAUAAGGAGGGGAGUGAGCAGGCCUUUAGGAGCACCAUCCACCACAUCCUAGAUCAGCAGGACUCCGGACAGUACGAGAGGCGCGAGCUGGUGGACGCCGUGCAGGAACUUUUCUUCACCGGACACGACACGAGCGCCAGUAGUAUGGCCAGCAUCCUCAUGUUCCUAGGCAGGCAGCCGGAAGUCUUACAGCGCGUGCGCGAGGAAUUGGAUGUGGAGGGUCUUUUGGAUUGCCCGGAUGAAGAGUUGGACUUGUCACUGAAUAAAAUUGGUAAACUGAAGUAUUUGUACUCUGUCGUACGAGAGGUGCUACGGGUGGCGUCACCAGUUGGAGCUGGGUAUCGCAAGGCAUUACGGACAUUUGAAGUUGGGGAUUAUCGGAUUCCAAAAGGAUGGACAGUGGCCGUAGGAUUCCGGGACACGCACAUGUCCUCCCCUGUAUACAAGGACCCCGAUGCCUUCGACCCCUCACGCUGGGAUUCCCUUCCUAACCUAGAGAAACAAGAGGGGGACUGUAGCAUAGACCGCAUGAAUUACACACCGUUUGGCGCGGGGGUCAGGUUUUGUGUCGGGAAAGAGUAUGCGAAACUUAUAAUUAGGAUAUUUCUGAUUGAACUAGCUCGAAAAUGUGACUGGAAGUUGCUAAAUCCUUAUCCUAAAAUUUUGUACAUUCCCGUUCCAAGAGCAGAGGACAGGUUACCAAUGACGAUAUGUAAACGUUGAUGUCAGACGGGGAGACCAGAGAAAGCCCUGGUCAGCAGACAGAUAACAUUAAAUAGAGGAUCCGUGUUCGACACUGUUGACGAUCAUGUUCGAUUUGCGAAACCGUUUCAAAUAAACCGUUGAAAUUCUGGGGAAGAUCCGAGGCUUACAACUGGGAAAAGAGUAACAAGAAUUUUUUAAUAUGUUCCGAGUGAAUUGUGCAAUUUUACGAUCAAUAGAAUUGCGUCUUAAGCAAUUAAUUAAAUUCGAUGAUUGUAUGGCGAUGACUGUCUUUAGAUGACAAUGAGAAGCGCAAUGAAAGUUUUAAUGUGUUCUUACGUUUAUGACUGAAAUGGCAACAGAUUAUUGUGACUGUUAUCUAUUACACUAUAUAUUACAGGUGUAUAACUGUAUUAUAGAAUCGUAAUUUUGUAUCAAAUCCCGGUGGUUCUUUUUACAUUAGCCUCUAUGAGGUAACUGUCUCUGGUCGUGUAUAGAACGUCGGAGACGAUAAAUUGUGACUGUGAUAUAUAUUACAUACGGGUAUUUCGUGUUUACCGAUCGUUAGGCAUACGAGACGAACUACUAUCACUAUUUCGUGUAUUAUAUAUGUAUAUAUUUAUGUUACAGAGCGGAAAACCAUUUUUGAAAUAUUUGGAUAAUGUUUAUAUUUGUUUGUCAUGCAAUAUUAUUUCCGGUGUCACUAAUUUAUUUGUAUUUGAAUAAAACUUAUAAUAUGUUGUACCA